CGUUACAAAAAGAAGAGACCAGAGAUGUUCUCAGAGCCGACCGCUUCGAGGACACACAUGUGACACCUCUGUGUCUGAGAACAACAAGAAACUGUGUGCUUUGUUGACAAUUCAAUGGCUCCUCAUCUGCAGUCUCGGGUCACAAAAAGGACUCGUCGCGAACUGCAGGCCCGUCAUUGAUUGCAUCCGCAGUACCUUUGCAGACCAGAAGAAGUACAGUCGCACGAUGAACGUUCGUUGACCUCGCAGCGCGCGCACAGGAAGACAGUAAGAGUGCAAUAAAGUGAAGUACUGCGCACUCCAUGGGAAGAUGCAGUGAUGAAGAAGAUGGAGGAGGUUCAUGACGAAGUGGAGUCAUUUUUGAGGAAGGCGACCACGUGACCAGCAGAGAGAGAGAGAGAGAGAGAGAGAGAGAGAACGAAACUUGUUCCCGCCCAGCGCUUAAAGGUCACACGAGGACCUGGACCUGGACCAGGACGGACCCACGUCCACGCGAGAGCGCAGCGUGCCAUGUGGUGGCUCACGCAAGGCUCGUGCGCGUUGCCCGUCUUUCUGGUGGCGUGGUCCUCGUCCACGUUCAUCGUGCCCUACGUCAUCGCGCUGUUCAGACGCGACGUGGACGUGCUGUUCCCUUACAUCAGUGACACAGGAGCGAACCCACCAGAGAGCUGCAUAUUCGGCUUGAUGACGUUUGUGUCUGCAUGCGCAGGAAAACGAAAGGCGAAUGAGAACGGCCCCAAAAAACGAAAACUGCACCUGCGUGCCUGUGUGCCUGUGCGUGCAGGCAUGGCGACCGUUUACAGCAGGUUCAAGUUUGUGGAGAAGCUGAGCGAGGCGGCGAGUGCGCGGCUGAACAAGACUUCGCUGGUGCUGGGAAUGCUCGCCUGCUUGGGAAUGUGCGUGGUCGCCACGUUCCAGGAGACGACGGUGACGGCGGUUCACGACAUCGGGGCCUUGCUCUUCUUCGUCUCGGGCAUCCUCUACGUCCUCCUGCAGUCCGUCAUUUCCUACCAGGCCUUCCCGCGCAGCUCGUCGGCGGCGGUGUGCCGGGCGCGGCUGGCCGUGGCCGUCGUCGCCACUCUGGCGCUCUUCCCGACUGUCAUUUGCGCGUUUUUCGUGAAGCAAACGGACCUGCACAGAGACGCGGGGAGCAAGGACUAUCCGUUCCACAUGGCCAGCGCCGUGUGCGAGUGGAUCGUGGCCUUCAGCUUCAUCUGCUUCUUCCUCACCUACAUUGACGACUUUAAACUGUUUACGUUGCGGGUGAAGGCCGAGCUGCUGUAGCGGAAGAGCGACGACGCACACUUCCUGCAGCACUUCACGGGCGACUCCGCUCGGCCUCUUGAACUUUGCGACUCCGCUCUUGCGACACGACAACGGCGCCUCUUAAAAAAAAAGAAAAUUACGAGAAGCGGAUGUCAUCGACGAGCACUGUGGUCACAUGACGCUGUUAAAACAGCCACUUAUAUUUUUAUACCUUUGUUCCAGUUGCCAGCGUAGCAGCAUGUGACUGACUGAAAGCAAUCUUUAAUGUUUCAGGUAGUACACUACUCCCAAAAGUUGAUUUGGAAAUUUCACCCUUAUUAUUUGUGAGUAGUGUAUAUGUUAUGCAUAAAUAUCAUUUCACGAUCAAUUACUCAGUAUUGCAGGUCCAAAUAUCGCAGUUAUCUAUCGUGUGCUUAAAUGUGCUAUGUGGGGAAAAAGGGACUGAUGAAAAGCAUUUAAUGGUUUGUUUAUUCAACACUGCCGAGCGCGACAAUAAAGACACUUUUUACAAUGUUUAAAAAAAAAAA